UGUGACAGUCCGACUGGAUACCUCUCCAAACCCGUGCGUAAAACCUCUUUUGGAAAGACAUUCGGAUACCCAAAAGUAGUGUUUUGACUGAAAACCAUCGCAUCUGAAGAAAAUACAAACUCUGACAGCUAUCGGUGGAAGACAUUGACUGUAUCUUUGGCUGACUCUUUUACACGAGUGCAUCAGAAUUUUUUUUUUUUUUUUUAUGAAACCACCCUCGGAUGCAAAAGCAAUCUCCAGAUUCGCAGGUCAAUAAGAUUUAUGUGUCUCUUACCUUUUGUAGCUAUGUGUGCAUUGACUCGUUGGAGAUAAAGUGUCCACAAUAAUACCUUUUUGUGAGGGGGGGAAAGGGAAGGGGUGUGCGCGCUCUCGCACUUCAGCCUUACCAGAGAAAGGAAGAAAUCUGGGAGAGACGAGGGAAGAGAAGUUGCGUCUCCAAGGAUGACUUUAGGGACGGAUAUGUCCGACAGCUCUGCAUUGUCCGAAGAUGUAGACAUUGAUGUGGUCGGAGGGGACAUAUCCGUCGGGAAAGACGGGAAAUACAUUCACCACGAGUUCAACUUGGACAAUGACUCGGACGAUAAUUACUCCCAGAGCGCGGCGGAGAGAGGUUCCUCUCCGGGGCUCAGCAGCUCCGACUGCCCGUCAGAGCCUCUGGGAUCCGGCGCGGAGUCUGGGACCUUGAUCGGGGACAAACCCCGAAAAAGUGCACUUGUGAAACCCCCUUACUCGUACAUCGCUCUGAUCACAAUGGCCAUCCUGCAGAGUCCCAAGAAACGGCUCACGCUCAGCGAGAUCUGCGAGUUCAUCAGCAACAGAUUCCCUUACUACCGGGAAAAAUUCCCUGCGUGGCAGAACUCCAUACGCCACAAUCUUUCCCUAAACGACUGCUUUGUGAAAAUCCCACGGGAGCCCGGUAACCCGGGAAAGGGCAACUACUGGACCCUGGACCCGGACUCCGCAGACAUGUUCGACAACGGGAGCUUCUUGCGCAGGAGGAAGCGCUUCAAGAGACACCAAAGUAACGAAAUCCUCAGGGACUCCGGCGGCUUUCUGCCAGGGUUCGGAUACGGGCCGUAUGGAUACAACUACGGACUCCAGCUGCAGAACUUUCACGCAGCCCACAACCCUUUCCACCCGCACCACACCGGCGGAUCUUUCCCCUUCCCCAACGCCCCCUGCACCUUGCCUUCACCUGCAUCCAUAUUCCCCGCGCCGCAUCACUUGCCCUCCCUUCUAGGGACCGACCUGAGGAAGCCUUUUUACCCGCAGCUCAGCCCGUCCCUGCCGCCUCUAAAGACGGACUCCAGCUCCACAACGAGUCGGCCCUCCUUCUCCAUUGACAACAUCAUAGGAGCGGCCAACUCCAGCGGCUCUUCCUACAGCGCGCAGAGCAGCAGCCAGGCUCAGAUCCUGGCCAUGCUCACCCCGGCGCUGGCCUCCGCUUCCAGCCACCUGAACAUUUCCCAGGAGGGCCUAUUCCAAGCAAGCCCGCAGAGUCAGACUUUUCCCACCAAGACCUCCAACUUGAACACUUGCCCUUUCUAAAAACUGAAAAAGUGAAUAAGAAAUAAUAAUUGUGACGUCGUCCUAUGUGAAGGUAGGAUGAACAUUUUUGCUGCAGAAAGAAAGAAAGUAAGAGAGAGAGAGAGUUUGUUUCGAGCUCUCUCGGUUUCCUAACAAUGUGAGAGGAGACUUUAUUUAUGCGAUGUAAAUAUAUGUGCAUAACACUGAGAGGCGGACAACUUAUGAAAGAUCAUAAAAAACAAACACAAUGCAGGCCUGCAAGUCCGGUCUGCGGUCCUCAUUUAGAAGGUGAUGGGAUUUAAAAUAAUAAUCAUAAUAAUAAUAAAAACUGAUAUUUUAACAUAAGUUAAAGUUGUCACCAACGACCAGUGGGGCUUAUUUCCAUUUUUUUUUAUAAAUAUAACUGAGAAUUUAAUUAUGAUUUAUAUUGUGUUUAUUGUAAGAUAGUGGCACUAUUGUUGUUGAUAUCUAGAAGAAAGACGGCAAUCUCAGGUUUUUACUUAGAAAGCACAUGAAGACGAAAGGGGGGUUUCUGACUUUACAUAGAAAAAUCACUCCAAUCUCCAGCAGUCCCCCUCCUACAUGGUGAAUUUGUGGCAAUAUCGUUUCCUGUUGUCAGUGGAUACAUAUAGGUUGUGUGAUUGACUCUCUCAACCUUUUUUAAAUUGUUCGUUCCUCCCUAUAUUUACAGUUGAAUCUGUGAAACAUUUGUCUUGUGUUGCCAAUAGCUGAGCACCUAAAUGUUCAUAGGUCAGUUCUUUUUUGUUGUAACGACAAGAAUAAUAAAUGUUUGUGAGUUUAAGAAACAAAAACUCUUUUUUUUACUUUAGUUUUUCUGCAUUCAAAAUUACAAGACAUUUAAAAAAUCUUAAAGUGCAAACGAGAGCUCGCAAACUUGUCUUAAACUUGUCUACUUUUCUUUAUCAUUUUUUUUCCUUCAAAUGAAAAUUCUUUGAAGAGGUUCCAAACUAUGGGAUUUAUUUGAAAUCACGUUCACGACCCAGAUUCUUUCCCAUUUUUGCGUAUGUUGUUAGGGAUUUCCCAAAAAAUAAACUGCCGCUUAAUGUUAGUGGAAGGAAAUGAUUAAUGUGUUAACGACAACAUUAGCAGCUGAAGCUUGCACUAAAUUGAUGUCUGGGUAUGAACAAGACACAUAAUUCCCCUUUAUGUGUUUCCACAUGUUGAUGUGCACAAAAUUGGAGAAUAUCACGCAACAGUGGGCAAGUAUAUUCCUCUUGUGUGGCUGUUACUCGUUUGUAAAAGGACCAGCGACGUACAAAGGCUCCCCCAUAUGAAUGGGAGGGGGGGGAGACGUUACAGCGAGCCUCGGCACUCUGUAAUUGAAAGUGAACAAGGAUAUCCCCACGGUCUUUGGGGGCUUUCGUUGCUAAUUUGUAACAGCAUUUUUCAUCGGGCUCUC